UAUAUGAGCUAUCGCCAUUGUUCUUUUCGCAGUGUUUAAUGUGUUCAUGUGUUUUAUCCGUCUUCCCGAGGAUCUAUCGUAGCCAUUAUCGGUGGUACGAUGAUCAGUGAUCUGUUUUGCUAACGUUCUUUAGAAUGUAGCGGGCAUCCAACGUUACGUUCUCUAAAGAUACGUAAUAUGACAAUCGCAUCGAGUGGAAGAACCAUCCAAUCGAGCUUGUUCCUUUCAAACUAGGGGAACAUGUGCUAUCUAUACAGUGGAUUUUAAUGUGAUAUUCAUAUGAGAGAAAUAUUGAGUGUAAGAUGGCAAAAGACGAAGGAGACGACCUCUUGCCGGACAAGGACGCGGCGAAAGGAUUUUACGCGAAAUACGAACCCAAAGAAAUCCUUGGAAGAGGAAUAUCUUCCACUGUUAGAAGAUGUAUAGAAAAAGAAACAGGUGUAGAAUAUGCAGCUAAAAUAAUAGAUAUUAGUAUUGAAAGUAAUGAGGAUGGAAAUACAAUGAAAGAUGCUACAUUACAGGAAGUGCAUAUUCUUCGUAGAGUAGCUGGUCAUCCUUAUAUAAUUGAAUUGCAUGAUGUGUUUGAAUCAAACACAUUCAUUUUUUUAAUUUUUGAAAUUUGUAAAAAUGGGGAAUUGUUUGACUACCUCACCUCUGUUGUUACACUCUCUGAAAAAAAGACACGUUAUAUUAUGAGACAAGUGUUUGAAGGAGUGCAACAUAUACAUAAUCAAGGAAUAGUACACAGAGAUUUGAAGCCAGAGAAUAUAUUACUAGAUGAUAAUCUAAAUGUAAAAAUAACUGACUUUGGGUUUGCUAGAUUAUUGACAGGAGGAGAUAAAUUAUACGAUCUUUGUGGUACUCCUGGAUAUUUGGCACCAGAGGUAUUAAAAUGCAAUAUGUUUGAAAAUGCAGAUGGCUAUGGAUAUGAAGUAGAUGUAUGGGCUUGUGGAGUAAUUAUGUUUACUUUGUUAGUUGGUUGCCCACCUUUCUGGCAUAGAAAACAAAUGGUUAUGCUUAGAAAUAUUAUGGAAGGGAAAUACUCAUUUACAUCCCCAGAAUGGGCAGAUAUAACAGAAGCUCCUAAAGAUCUGAUAAGAAAGUUACUAGUGGUUGAUCCUAAAAAGAGGUUUUCUAUCAAGGACGCAUUGGAACAUUCUUUCUUUCAUACAGUACUAUGGGAUCAAGACAUCGCACCUCUAAAACGUUCACUAUCAUCUAAUUCUCGACGUCUGAGUAGGAUAUCUCAGUUAGCGUUGGAAUUAAAGGCAAAGUCAUUUAACGCAAGGAAAAGAUUCCAAUUGGCUAUUAUUUGUGUUCGUGCAGUUGUUCGUAUCAAGCGACUUCACACAACACCCGAACCUCUUUCAACACAAGUGGCAUGCACUGAUCCUUACAGAAUCAAAAUUUUACGAAAGGUCAUUGAUGGUUGUGCAUUCAGAGUUUAUGGUCAUUGGGUGAAGAAAGGUGAAGGACAAAAUCGAGCUGCAUUAUUUGAAAACACACCAAAGACGGAAUUGAAACAUCUUUAUGUUACUAAUUUGAGCAGAUAACCAAUGCUCUAAUGCAUG